CCUUACCUUCCUUCAAUCUUAUUCUAUUACACCUACAAUAAACCCUUUUUCCUCUUCCUUAAACCUCUCGGAGACAAUUACCCCCUUCUCCGUUGGUCAAAACCCCUGUUUCUUUUCAGCUUUAACUUUCGAAUCACGCACGAGGUUUCACCUCCGAUCGCAGCCAUGUUUGACCUUUUUCCUAUGCUCUUAUCUUCUGUCGCCUGUUAUCUGUUUCCUAUCUUCGCAUCUUACAAAGCGCUCAAGACACAUGAUCCCACCCAACUGACGCCAUGGCUGAUGUACUGGGUCGUGCUCAGUUGUUGUCUUCUCGCUGAGUCUUGGGUUUGGUUUAUUGUCUCAUG